AUGGUAAUGGAGUUGCCUAAGUUAGAAGUGGCUCAGUGGAAUCCAGAAGCCUUUUCAAAUUUGUCUCAACUUAGUCUUCUCCAUAUUCGUAAUGUGGACCUUCCAAAAGGCCUCACGUGUCUUUCUAAUUCCUUGAGACUCCUGGAAUGGACUGGGUGUCCAUUAAGAUCCCUCCCACAAAGUUUUGAACCAGAUGAACUUAUUGAACUUAGCUUGUGCCACAGCAACAUCGAAUACCUGUGGAAAGGAGCAAAGAAUUAUGACAAGUUAAAGUUCAUCAAACUAUGCCAUUCUCAAAAACUUGUCCAGGCCCCAGAUCUCACAGGCGUUCAUAAUCUUGAGACUUUAGAUCUUGAAGGAUGUUACACUUUGGUAAGACUUCAUCAAUCUCUUGGACAACUUAAAAAGCUUAUUGUAUUGAAUGUUAAAGAUUGCAAGAGUCUCGAGAAUCUGCCAAGUAAGAUUGAAAUGGAAUCUCUUAAAACUUUUAUUCUAACCAACUGCUCAAAAGUUAAAAAGAUUCCAGAGUUUGCUGGAAAUAUGGAGUGUUUAUCUGAGCUUUAUCUUGAUGAGACUGCCAUUGAAAAACUACCUGACUCAAUUGGAUGCCUGAGUGGCCUUGCUUCGCUGAAUCUGAGCAACUGUAGAAAUCUUGUUUGCCUUCCAAGCACCUUUAGUAGAUUGGAGUCCCUUAAAAAGCUCAAUCUUUCUGGAUGUUUGAAACUUGGCGAACAGGAUAGUGCCAGGGAGAAUGGUGCAAUUAGAUCUGCUGUAAAUCAUCUUAUGAAACGUGGUUGUGAAGUUGUUGGGAAGUACUUGUCAUGGUCCUUGCCUUCUAGAUUGGUGCAAACAGCCGAUGUAGAACCAACGAGUACGCAGUCGCCUGCAUCUGAUCUGUGUUAUUCUACAGUGCAAAAUACAAGUACAUCCAUGAGUAUCCGGUUGCCACUAUCUCGUCUAUGUAAUUUAAUACAUCUAAACAUAAGUAACUGCAAUCUUGGUGACGCUGCAUUUUCCAACGCCUGUUUUCCCUUCUUAGAGACUGUAAAUCUGAGUGGAAAUAAAAUUGUUAAGCUUCCUCCAAGCAUCAGGUCCUGUUUGAAGCUUCAGUACAUUAACUUGGAGAAUUGCAAGACACUACAAGAGUUGUCAGGCCUUCCAUCAAAUAGUAAAUUGGAUGUGAGGGCAGAUGGUUGUUCUUCUCUGGAGAUGCUGUUUGAUGUAUCCAAUUUCAAUGGACUGGAGACAUCAUUUUUCAAUUUCAUCAAUUGCUUCAAACUAAAUGACAAUCAGGGCAGCACUAACAUAGCAUUUCAGAUGCUGAGGAUAUUCCUUAAUCAGCGAAAUUCUAUUGCGACGGAAACUUUUCAAAUUGUAAUUCCUGGAAGUAGAAUUCCCGAGUGGUUUGAUCAUCGAAGAUUUGGGAGUUCAUUAAUUGUACACCUACUUCCAGGUAGGAAUAAGAGUAGGUUUUUGGGAUUUGUCUUGUGUGCUGUUUUUGCACUUCAUGAGCACCUUCCGGUUGAUGAGCUUGAUAUACGUCAGUUCAAGACUUUUAAGGCUACUCAUCAUCUUGUAUGUUGUCUGAAGCUCAAUGGGAGAGAACUAGAAGUAUAUGGCAAACAGCCUGCAUAUCGCUUUAGCGAACAAUUUUGCCAGGUUGAGUCAGAUCACCUUUGGAUUUUCUAUGUGUCCCGAGAUAAGUACUUCGGUACAAAUUGGUGGAACAGUUGCAGUCAGCUUGAGUUCUUAUUUGAAACCAGAGGGCCAGGGCUGAAGGUGAAGGAGUGCGGGGCACAUCUGAUAUAUGAGCAAGACAUGCAAGAGUUAAAUCAAACAAUGAGUCAAUCAAGCAGAAUGAUGUCUCCAUAUGACGGUAUAUUGAUUGAUUUUGAGAAUCGAGUUGAAGGGGAAACCAGUGGUACUGGUAGCAGAACCUGCACCCUUGAAGAACUGUAG